GUACUUCCCACCCUCACAUCUCCUGCGCACCUUUCGUCCUUUAAUUCAGUGAUGCCUGCCUGAUCGGCCAUGACAUCAAAAUUGGAAAAGACGCGCGGGUGUUGGACAUGCCGUGCGCGGCGGAAGAAAUGCCAUGGCGAAAAUCCCUGUCAUGAUUGCAAGACACUUGGCAUCGACUGCUGCUUUCAAAUCAAUAAGCCAGAGUGGAUGGACCAUGGGCCAAAUCAACUUAAGAAGGUCGAAGAGAUCAAGGUCCAGAUCAAACGAAAUGCAAAACAGCGCCGUACGCAACAAAAACUGCAGACGCUCACCCAAAGACUGCGAGAUGGGCAAGCAUCCGGGGUCGCGAAUCAGGCCGAGUCGGACCAGGUUCAGCUUUCUGCUGAAACUUCAAAGUCUGGCGAUACAACCAGCAGAUCUCAUAGUCACGAGUUGGAUGUUUCACCAGACGGAUAUUCCAGUACACCCCCCGUUGAGACGCCGAGCAUCUCCCAUGACUGCGAUUCCGACCAGGUGGCACAAUCGACCGAUAUUCUCGACCAUGUCAUGCUAAUGGCCUUUUUGGAUUACCUGUUCCCAGUCAUGUACCCAUUCUAUAGAACUACAAUGACUGUAGGCGGACGUGCCUGGAUCUUGCAUACUAUACUAAGCAACAGAUGCCUUCGGCAUAGCAUUCUUGCCCUUUCCUCACAGCAACUAGCUCAAGUCCAGGAGAAACCGGGCUCGUCAACUCAACUUUGUGGUGCACUGAACACCAGUCUACUGCACCAGCAGACACAGGCAGCUCUGCAGACAGCUCAGGCUAGUCUGCAGGCCGUGCGAAGCAAAGGGGGCAACACCACCGUUUUUGACAGCUCACACAUGCUGAGCACUAUCGUCCAGCUCAUGACGGUGGAAUUGCCCCUGGGCACCAACAACUGGACGCUUCAUCUUGAUGCAGCAACCUCACUGUUCCGACAAAUGCUCCACAGCACUUACUUAAGCAACAAUCCGGUUGAUGCAUUCGCCGCAAUUAUCCGUGAGCUCGGCUCUGGGGCAAUCAUUCCAGGCACCGAUCCACCAUUGCUGACGCCCAAUCAGGCAUGCUUUCGAUUCUAUGCCACAAAGCUGAUAUUCUCAGACUGUAUCGCAGGGACGUCUCUGGAGCAAGAGCCCCACCUUCAUCAGUAUUCCUCAGAGCUUCUCAAAACCGAUGUGAAUCUUGCGCAGUUUGUUCAGAUCAAUGUCGCUGAGGUGUUUGGAGUGCAGAAUGAGACACUUCUCCUCAUAUCUGCAACUGCAUCACUCGCCGCAUGGAAGAAAGCUGAAGAGGAAAGACAACGGCUCUGUGUGGCCGAGCUGGUCAGCAGAGCCAGUGAACUCGAAGUGAGACUUGAGAAACACAUCCAUGAUCUAGAAACUUCUGUCUCAGAACCAAACUACCGGCGGAGCAUACCACUUGAUCUCCUGGCCGGCCGCUCCCCGGUCUCCAAACAUACUGCUAGCACUGUCAGUCGCAUCUGGGCUCUAGCCACAAAGUCAUAUCUCUUCGUCACAGCUUCUGGACUUCAGUUACAUCAUCCUCUCUUGCAGACCUCCGUCUCACAGACCAUAAGCCUGCUCGAGACAUUGGCCAACAAAGAUGAUGCUCAGGUGCCAGCAUGGCUGAGAGCCCUAUCUUGGCCUAUAUGUGUAACGGGGCUUCUAGUAACAUCUUCAAUCGAAAAGCACUUCCUGAAGAAGCUGUUCCACAUUAUGGAACCAUGUACGGCACUUGGGACUGUACCAAGAUUGAGAGACAUCAUCCAAAGAGCGUGGCACCGAGCUGAAAUGUGUGAUCAAUAUGAUCCAUUUGAGAGAUCUACUUUGGGUACGCAUAUGCGUCGAGCCCUUUUCAUCUGAGCAUCAUCAUGAACCGAUUUAGUUAGGUUUUGCAUCAACAAUCUCAGCAGGAUCACAUAUGCUCGAUAUAGUGCUGGGGAGAUGCGAUUUGGCUACUCAUUCGAGAUGCAGGUCCAACUCUAAAGAACCCCAUUCCACUAUGCCAUGUUCUAAAUUACAUUGCGCCACAGUGCCCGCCCUGAUCAAACGCCGAAUCAGAAUCUAGGGAGAUGUUUGCGUCAUUACAAUUCAUCAAACGAAUACAAAUGUGCCCAUCAGACCCCAAUCUUGACGCUCUGGGCCUCCGCCUUCUCUGCCUCCCCGCCAUUGGUUUUCGGGUUUUUGACGAGCAAUCCCUGCUCGGUCUCCAGGGCCACAUUCAAACUAUACCGCUUGAUGAACAAGCUGGAGAUAGUGCUAACGCCAGCGACGGCAGUGAGGACAAUGUAGACAGUCCUCAAACUAUCGGUGUAGGCCUGCUGCAGCUCAAAUUUGCCGUCGGCCAUGGAAGUAUGCUGAAUCACCUCAACCAGAGCGGCGGCAUCUCGCGCCAGCUCGUUUGCUUGGUCCGCCCAUAUAGGAUAAGCUCUCAGAUUGCUGGCCAUCUCGUUUUGGAAAAUGACCCCUCCGAUGGCCACACCCAAUGCUUGGCCAAAGCACCUGAAGAAAACAAACAAGGCGACUGCGAAGGCCAUAUCCUUAUUGGUCGAGGCAGCUUGAAGCUGGAACUGCAAAGCAGGGAACAAGAUCCCCAUGCCGAUCCCACCGACCAGGCAAAUGAAAAUCCAUUGUUGAAUCUUCGUGUCGACGUCGAGGAUCACCAAGAGACCCAGACCUAAAGUGGUGAGAGCCCAACCCAACCAGAUGGCCCAGCGGUAACGUCCAGUCUUGGUGAUCAGGAUGCCCGUCACCACAGACAUGGGGGCGACGGUAAAGGUGGAAGGGAAGAGUGCCACGCCGGCAAUUACUGGCCUGUAUCCUUUAACAGCUUCAAAAUAAAGAGGUUGGUAAUACAGGAGACACCAAAGUAUCAGGCCAUGCAUGGCGGUGGCGAAAUACGCCAGAUUGGUAGUCCUGUUGGCGAAGACAGACAGUCUGAGCAAUGGCUCGACAGCGAGAUGUUUUUCGUAGAAGCAGAAAACCACAAGACCAACCACGCCGAUGAGAAGAGGUACCAGGGUACGCCAACUGGACCACGGAUACAUGAUUCCUCCCCAAGUCAGAGGGAUGAGGAAGCUGGUCAUGGAGCCCACAAAGAUGACUGUACCAAGCCAAUCUACUCUCCUGAGCUUGGCUGCAAUACUCUGUGGAAUGACGUUGAGACGCAGAAAGAGGGGUAUCAUGAUGCCGCCGAUGCCUAUGAACGGCAGAUUGAUCCAGAAUAUCCAACGCCAUUGAACACCGGCGAAGGCGCCGCCUAUGAUGGGCCCAGACACUGAACCAAGCGCCCACAUUCCUGCAAUGAUACCCGCCCACUGCCCUCGAUAGCGAAGUGGGACUAGAUCGGUGAUGACGAUCUCGGUCAUGACCAUGAUGCCUGUUGAUAAGCACAAGGAUUCAGUAUCUGAAAGAAAACGAGCGCGGCGCAGCCCUCCAUGUUUGUGAGGAACACUUACCUCCGCCUCCGAUACCUUGCAGGGAGCGACCAGUCAGGAGAAUGGUGAAGUUGUUUGCCAGAGCGGCCAUCAUGACACCGAUGAAGAAGAAGACCAGGCUGACCAUGACGACGGGCAUUCUUCCGAAGAUGUGGCUGAAUGAUGCAAUGUUAGGCUGGAAAACUGUCGAGGCCAACAGGAAGGAUGUGCCGGCCCAGAACGCCUCGAUCGCAGAACCCUGUAAUUUUCGAGCGAUGAUGGGCAGAGCCACUGAGAUGGAGGUCCCAUCCAGCGCAACCAUGAGCGUCAGAACUGCCAAAGCGGCAAACGCCAUAAUAAACUGCAUCGAGGGUUUGAACUCUACAGUGGGUGAGGUUUCCUCCUUGGUGUCCCUAUUGGACGACGCCGACGAGGAAUUCUGUGUCUCAUCCUGCUGUGCGGGUAGCGGACUUUGAUCCGACUCUUGCAGUGUAGUCAUGUUGGGCUGUUCUGGUUGAGCUCUAGGGAAAUGAGGGUUCGGGGAAUGAAUGGGCCCUCGUAUCUCCCAACUUUCAACUGUUGAAGGUGGGGUGAACAAGCGAAGCUGGGUGACAGUGAUCGGAGGAGCUGAGAAGAGCAAAUGAAUUCGUUUAUCAAUAUUUUCUAUUUUGCUACACAAAUAACAAGAUCAAGACAGCCUAAAACGCGCUCGUCGGAGCAAUACGAAGCCAUCAAAAA